GCUUAUACCUCUAACAGCAGUUCUCCUUGAGCUCCCUUCUAGCCUCUACUUCUGGAGCAGCAGGACCUGAACUCUAUCCCUGCUACAGCUGAGAAAGUUGGAGUGGCAGGGCUGGGUAUUAACUCUGAAGUUCAAGGUGUCCACAGAUAUUUUUACAGUACGCUUGUGUAAUUCAGCUCAUCCUAUACCUGAGAAAAUGACCAUUGGGUGUGAUUUGGACCUAAAGAAGGUAGCUGCAGUAUGGCUACUUUGUGGUGAUGCCCAAGUUAGGCACAAUUUUCCUUCUUUGUUUUUAGUGGGAGAAUCUUAUUUGCAACUAAAUACUGUACUCUGAUCUGCGUUGGUAGCAACUUUGGUGACCGCGAAACAACUUCUGUAGCAACCCUGACGUCUUUAAGCUGACUUUCUUAGGGGAAAGAAGACAGAGGCUUCCACCCCUAGGCUUCCUGUUGCCAACAUCUGAGAAGGCUCUUGAUAUUGGUUUCACAUCUCUCUGCCGUUUUAGAAAAGAAACCUCUGAUUGUAUUAUAUUUUUAAACCUGGUGAAGUAAUUUUUCCUAAACUAGUGAGGAAAUAACCGCAGUUGCAUUUUAGUGUUAAGGAGAAGGACCAUGGGGAGACAUGGGUAUCUGGUCAAUGUAAUAAUGGUCGGAUUUAUCAUCAAAGGUGUGGUCACACAAGAUACUUCAGCUAAAGCAAACAUAAAGGUGGAAAGGCGUGGCCGUGAUGUGGUCCUGAAGUGCGAGGUGGCUUCAGGCCAGGAUAUAAAAUGGGAAAAAGAUGGAACGGAUUUACAGGAAAAUGGAACAGAGUUGAAUUUGGGCGCAGAAGCGAACGACCCGAGAGGAGUUUAUAAGUGCAGUGAUUCCAGUUAUCUACACGUGUAUUUCCGAAUGUGCCAGAAUUGCAUUGAGUUGGAUGCAGCCACCAUCUCAGGUAUCGUGGUAGCUGAUGUCAUCGCCACAGUCUUCCUGGCAAUCGCCGUGUACUGCAUCACCGGCCAAGACAGUGGCCGUCUCUUACGAGCUUCUGACCGACAGAACCUGAUCGCCAAUGAGCAGCUCUACCAGGUGAGUGAUGAGUGGUUGCUGGGCCAAGCCCUGCACCAGGGCAGGGCCAGCCUUUCAUAUCACUUAGUGCUCGGAAAUCUGGACUGGUGCAUGGAGGGGCCCCGGGCCUUGCUAGUGAUUUAGAUCCGUACAGAGCAGGUGUAGACUGCUCCCAUCAGGGUGAAUGGAAGUGUGAGGGGGGGUCUGACUUGGUCGUGAUGCACCUCCUCUUUGCCAGGUGUAAAUGAUCAUCCUGGAGCAGCCGGCCCCAGUGCAUACACUGCAGCUGGGACGCCCUUUGGCUGUGCCCCUUCCCACCUCCUGCCCUGCGGCUGGAACAGGGUGCCAGAGGCGUGGGAACAGUUUUUACAGUGGGGGUGCUGAGAGCAAUUGAAUCAAACUGUAAACCCUGUGUGUGAGGGAAACCCCAUCAAGCCGCGGGUGCUGCUGCACCCCUAGUUCCAGCACCCCCGCAGAGUGCUGGCUGCUUAAGCCCGGGGAGUGCCUAGCUGGCUGCUUAAGCCAAUUGUACCACCCCUUUGCCCUUGCACAGUGACAACCUCCUGAGGGUUGAGCUCCAGGAGCCCCUCCCUCCCUCUCACACUUUCAGGCUGAGAUUAAAUAGCUGCCUUCUCACUGAAGUAGGCUGAUCUGUGCAGAGCGCCUACUGUAGUGGGGGCAGGAAGGGCUAGAGCAGCAGUAUGCUCCCAAGUACCUGUCUAGGAGCAUCACAGACACAUCCAGGCACAGGCUCCCCCCAGACAUAAGUUAUGCACAGAUACCCAGAUGUGCACAGCCUGAUUCAUUUGCUUGUAUCAUUUUUUUUUUGCUCUCCCGCCACCCGAAAGUGGUGCCAGCUACUUUGCCCCAGCACUGCUGGAGAGGGCAGGGAAAGGCCAGCAACAGUAAGAUGAACUAGCUUAUGCAGAAGUGAGCCGACCAGGUACUGGUGGGAAAUGAGCACUGGCUGGCCGCCUCCUCCCAGCUGGUUCUGAGAUAUGUAACUGUGCUCGCUGGGAACUCAGGGACUGGGCUGUGAUAUGUGGGUGCAGGCAACAUCUCCUCUGUUUUGAGGCUGCCUGUUUCCUACUGAAGCUUUGAACGCAGAGGAUAUGGGAGGUGCUGUCUGUGCCCAUUUAUCCUAUGAGAACCCCAAGCUCCCAGCUCGUGGGGUCAAAUACCACGGUGGUGGGUGCAGUGUAAGACUCUGAAUAGCAGAGAAACACUUUAAAAAGCAGCCUUACCUUCUCCUUUCCUCUAGCCCCUUGGUGAGCGGGACAAUGAACAGUACAGUCGCCUAGGAGUUACCAGGACCCGCAAAUGAGAAGGGAGAGCACCUGGGGGCUCAUCAACUGUGACCCGUGGCCCUUUAUCCUGUCUCUUUUCCACAUGGGAGCCAACAAUAUUGGGGAAUCCUGUUGCCUUCGAUGCGGCCCACAAAGCCUUCACUCUGCAGCUUGGUGGCCAGAAACCAUGGUGAUGGGUGUCUCACUAAUGUGUCUAAGAAAUAGAUGAUCUCUGCUCGCAGGUGAUCCUGAGCCUUGCUUGUCUGAAAUCUCUCUGGCUCCCUGCAGUGCAGAGGGAGCUCAUAGAGCUCUCUGCUCUUUGUGAUGCUUUUGCUUUGGCAAUAAAGAGGCUUUGCCCGG